AUGGUUGUACACAACGGUCACCCUCAUGUUCUUGUCCCGAAAGUAGCCAUCAUCCUGGCCAAGAAGCAUAACCUUGUCCUGGUCUCUGAACCAAUUGUUGGAGAUGGUGAUAUGGGUAGAUCCGCGAGUAACAUCGAGAAGACCGUCCUGGCACUCGUAAAGUGUAUUGUGGUCUAUCCAAACCUUAUGCUGUUACCAACCUUAUUGCAUCUCCAUCAACCUGCCCUAUUGGUAUUAUCUUUCCUUCUGGACCCAUAA